AUGGAAACACUUGAUAAGCCUGAGGAUUCUAGCUCUUCUGAGCAAAGUACAACAUCGCAUGAACCCAAUAAUAAUGAUAUUGUCCUUCCCUCGACCAAUAACAGAUACGAUAUCAAUCAAUUUGACGUAUCUUUGGCUUUCUACACCUUCGAAUUGAUCGCUAGUAAUAACUUCGAUACCAUUAAUAUUGAAUCAAACGUCUCACACAUGUUAAAAAAAUGCCAUCCAGAUUUGAUAGCGGUUUUUACAGAAGAAAAAUUAAAGGAUAUUUUCGAUGACCAAUGCAAGCGUUUCAGCAUCAGAAAAUACAAUCGCACGUGUAUCAACAACAUUGAUAGUAUUACAAGUUUAAUCAAGAAUGUCAAAAAUGAUAUCAUCACAAGGGAAGAAGGCAUUGUUCAAGCAUACAAAUUAGGAUUUACACCAUCCCCAUUAUCGAUAACAACAACAAUAACCACACCACUCAUUAGUACUGAUAUUAAUGUGACUACCCUUGCCACUUCUACUUCCUCAACAUUACCAGAACAGCAGCCAUCAAAUCAUCAACAAGCACCAGCAUGUCCAUUAUUACGCCAUCCAAGGAAUGUUAACAAGCUUUUGAAAUGUGUGGCCAAACUAAUUUUCGUUCUUUAUAGGAUCGAAAAGUUGCCCAAUCAGGAUGUUAAGGAGGAUGUCCUAGAAUCUGAGUUAUGCCAAAGAUACAUUGAUCCUAUACUGUCUGGAUUAUUUGAUGAUCCAGAUAAAGGCAUUUUGUUUAGAUGGACGAGUGUUACAAAUGAAGAAUCAAAAAACGGAUUUACAACAAAGCAGCGUCCCGAGGAUUAUUACUUUUCAACUGCCCAGCUUAUAUUGUGUGAUUAUCAGCAAGCUUUAGCUAAUACAUGGUGUCAAAAAUCGUACCUACGCAAAGAUACACAGCAUCAUAGCUUAGAUGGACUCUAUUAUGGACCAUCGUUACGAUUUGUUGAAUUUAAAAGCGUCAAAAGAAAAAAUGAUAAGUCUGCAACAUCAAACGACCUUGUUCGAAUUGGAUUAUUGACUAAAAAUGCUAUUAAUCGAUCAAAUGCAAAUGGCUUAACAAUCAAUUUCUUCAUUACAAAACUCGUUGCAGAUGGAAUGUAUAUCAUGUUUGACUUGUACAGCUUAAAAGCACCAUCAUCAAAAGAAUUACGUCAAGGAUUUGUUGCGUAUUUUGACGAAAUCUUGUCUAUAUUGAAUAUCUUCGAUGAGCAUUGCCUUACAUUCACUUGCGAUACCAGUAUUCCAGAUUCCUGUAAACGAAAGUCUUUAUCCCAAGAAGCAUUCGAUUCCAUUUUAUCAAAACCAAAAAGCAGUAAACGACGAUUUUAUACAUCCUAA